AUGGCGUCCCGUAAUCGCUCGAGGUCCCUGUCGACCCCUUCUGAGGGUGAGAUCAUCGAAUCAGGCUCAGAGAUGAAGGCAACUGCGUCAAAACCUCCUCUUAAUGGCACCAGCGUUGACCGUCCCCCCAGAGAUAGUACUUCCUCUGCACUCAGAUCUCCCACGUCCCUGAGAGGCAGCAGAUCGCCACGCCGACACAGGUCAUGGACGAGAUCCCGAUCCCGCUCGCGCUCACCAUAUCGUGACAACAGAGGCUACAAGCGCAGACGUGACGAUGAGUAUGAUGGGCACGAGGCCCGGCAUGCGCGGCAGGAGCCGCCGCGACGUUUCGGUUCGAGAUACGACGACAGACCGUAUGAUCGAAAUGCCCCCUCCCGCCGCCAAAAAUCGUACUACGACUAUGACCGCGAGGAGAGCUACGGCGGUGGUCUGCAGUAUACCGAUGGCUACGACCGACGCAGAGACAAGCGGCCACGUACUCAUAGCCGCUCCCCCUACCGCGAAGUCAGAAAGCCGAAGCAGUACGAUGACUCGAACCCGAGUGUGGAUGGUACCAGGCCCCCGACGGGCACUAGGCGCGUAUCCUCUGCUGAACAGGUAGUGAGCGAACGAGGAAAGACCCCAGCUAGCGCUCGGGACCCUAAGCUUGGUGCUGAAACACAAAAGAAUCAGAUGCAGCAGGCUCUCCCGAAACGUGCCCGCUUUUCCGAUGAGGCCGAUACUCCCAUGUCAGAACCAGAGGAGGAGUCGCAGCCACCCGAACCGAUGGACGAAGCUGCUGCUUUGGAGGCUCGUCGCAAGCGGCGUGAGGCAAUCAAAGCGAAGUAUCGAAGUCAGGCGACUCCCAUGCACCUCAAGGCUUUGCAGGUCCCCGACGGUGAGACAGAUUCAUCGACACCUAGUACUGAGCCUACAAGUGCCCAAGAUAUGUCCGAAUCUCCGAAAAUCUCGCCCGUACACACGCCAAGUGAGCAGAUUGGUGACGCCUUCUCUGAUUUCACGAUCGGCAAAGAUGCGGAUUUGGCCAAUUCGAAUGCUCCCGCGGACGAAACGGAGAAGGAUGAACCCUCUGCCGCAGAUUAUGACCCGAUGCUCGAUACAAAGGAAGAGAGACAAAAGCUUGAUGGUGCACAAACCACAAACGGGGAUGUUUCAUCCGCCGCAUAUGACGAAACACAAACGACCAGGCAGGAUAUUCUUCUCCCUGACACCCCCGCUGAGCAGCCACCUCCACCCCUUAAAGAGAAAGACCCUUACGAUAUGUUCGCUGAGGAUGACGAUGACAUGUUUGCUGAGGAUACCAAGGACGAACAGCCCGCGCAUGCCUCGGCAACGGCUGUGCCGCAACCUCAAGAGCUGGACAUCAGCAUGAUGGACAACUGGGAUGACCCAGAAGGUUACUAUAACGUGCGACUCGGUGAGUUGAUCAACGGCCGCUACCAUGUCCAGCAAAAUCUUGGCAAGGGAAUGUUCUCCUCGGUCGUCCGAGCCAGCGAUUCGGUUACCGGGACUUUGGUGGCCAUCAAGAUUAUCCGUCAAAAUGAUACCAUGCGCAAGGCGGGCAUGAAAGAGAUUGGGAUCUUGGAGCAGCUGCACGAGGCUGAUCCCGAGGAUAAGAAGCACGUCAUCAAAUUCGUACGCUAUUUCGAGCACAAAGGUCAUCUGUGCAUGGUCUUCGAAAACCUGAGCAUGAAUUUGCGUGAGGUGCUCAAGAAGUUCGGUCGUGACGUUGGGCUGAAUCUCCGAGCCAUCCGUGCCUAUGCGCAACAAAUCUUUUUGGGUCUGAGUCUGCUUCGCAAGUGUAACAUCUUGCAUGCAGAUCUCAAACCUGACAAUCUUCUCGUCAACGAGCAACGCAAUAUUCUAAAGGUCUGUGACUUGGGUUCUGCGUCUCCAGCAUCGGAAAACGAGAUUACACCGUACCUUGUCAGCCGUUUCUACCGUGCCCCGGAAAUUAUCCUGGGUAUUCCUUAUGACUACGCGAUUGACGUGUGGUCUAUCGGCUGCACCCUCUUUGAGCUGUACACCGGCAAGAUUCUCUUCACAGGCCGCAACAACAACCAAAUGCUCAAGUCCAUCAUGGAGUGCCGCGGCAAAUACCCUCCCAAGCUCCUCCGCCGUGGUUCUCUGGCCCAUCUACACUUCGACGAUAUGCUCAACUUCCACAGCGCCGAAGAAGACAAGCUCACUGGCCGUCCGGUGACCCGAGUGAUGGAUUUUAAGAAGCCGACUCGUGAUCUCAAGACGCGCUUGAUGGGCAAGGGAACCAGGGGUAUGUCGGAUACUGAUGCGAAAGACUUGACGCUAUUCGUGGACUUCCUUGAGCGUUGCUUGGCUCUCAAUCCUGAGAAGCGCUGCACACCUGCUGAGGCGCUGAAGCAUCCCUUUUUGAACCGAAAAUAG